AUGGAUCACGUUUUCAAUGUGCUUGAACAAUAUGCGUCCAAUCUCGAGGAAGAGGUGCAAGCAAGAAUGCAGGAAUUGACCGAGGAGAAGAAGAAGAGCGACAUCCUUCUGUACAGAAUGUUACCAAACAUCCAUAUUAUUCCCCGGUGGUGCACGCUUUUUGACGAUCUCUAUACACUCUUUGACGCUAUUAUCGAUGAGCAUGAUGUCUACAAGGUUGAGACAAUUGGAGAUGGCUAUUUAUGUGUUUCUGGUCUACCAAAGCGAAAUGGAAAUGAACAUGCGAGGGAUGUUGCCGAGAUGUCAUUCGAGUUGGUUAGAGCGAUCCGUGGCUUCCGCGUUCCUCAUCUACCCAACGAAAAGAUCAAUAUUAGAGUUGGACUUCAUACAGGCCCAGUAGUGACAGGGGUGGUUGGCAUGACGAUGCCAAGAUAUUGUCUGUUCGGAGACACGGUGAAUACCGCAAGUCGCAUGGAGAGCAAUGGAAAACCCGGUCGUGUUCACAUUUCUACCGACACAAUGAAAUUUCUCACUGAAGUAAUUGGUGGCUACAAAUGCGAGUAUCGAGGAGAGGUCAUGGUGAAGGGAAAAGGCGCCCUGGAAACGUAUUGGUUGCUGACUCCCGAAGAACAGGAGACCGGACUCACCGAAUGA